UUGGAUGAUUGGCAUUUGUUCAUGCUGUUCGCAAAGUGUCUCUAUAUCUGAUGUUUACUGUAGCUAUAUUGGGCACUAGUCGACUAUGUGAUUGGUGUUACAUUUUUAGUUUUCAUGCUAAUCGAAGACACCUUGGGAAGUUGGUGUGUGGUGGUGACACUACAUGUUUCAACCAAAUUAAGAUGUUUAGAGUUACAUUUUUGUGCCUAUGGGGUGUGCUCAUACUCAAAGUCUGAUACAUGAGAUAAGUAUUUUAGUAAUUGAACAAAUUGAAUCUCUUGUAAGGAGAUUCCUUGGAACGUCGGAUUGAUGUGAUGAUUUCAAGAGACCAUUUUGCAUUUAUUUCUCAAUAGUCUCCUUUGUCUUGUAGAGUUGCCGCAGGCACCUCCCGCCGCACAGAAACCUGCCAGCCACCUCUCUGUGCCUGCUCAUUAUCACUCUCUCAUCUCUGGUCUGUGAAACUAAGUUCUUUAUCCUGCUCCCCUCAUUUUACUUCUUGGCGCUUCAAAAUCUUGUUGCUGUGAUUUUCCCUUUGUUGUUCCUUGAUGCCGUUGCAAGGUAGCCGACAAUGCUGUGCAUCUUAUUGCCAAUGAGAUUUCUUCAUUUUCUUACUUAGAUGGGACUAGGGGAGAUAUAGCCACCUGCCCUUUCUAUGGCCACCUCCGUUCUCUCUGCUUGCCUCCGCGGUCGUCGUCUCUCCUCCUCUCUCCCCAUUUUAUUGCAACUCGUCAAUGCUAAGCACCUUACAUCUUCGCCGAACCCAAUGCCACUGUCGCCGCUAUCACGGCCUCCGCCUCCAUAUGAUACUUACAAACCUCACUAUCUAAUGCCCUUGAACUCUUUGGCGGUUCUUGGUGCCUUUUCCUCAUGUGCCUAUUCGACUUCUUUUCCUGAAGAUGACUCGGAGCUUGGACAACUCGGUGAUGACUUGGGUAGUGAUCCACUUGUUUUGCGAGAGCUUUCCAAUGGCAUUGAGCAAGUGGCUGCUGGUGUCACCAACAGGAACGACUGUGUUUUCCCUGUUCAAGCUGUGAUCUCGAUGCUUGAUGGAUUUCAUGAUCUCACUGGAUUGCCAUGGUGGAUAGUCAUAGCUUCCUCGACCUUGGCUCUCAGAUUCGUAAUACUUCCGGUGCUAAUUCUUCAACUUCACAAGACACAAAGGAUGGUCGAGUUUCUCCCUAGGUUGCCUCCUCCAUUCCCGCCACCUAUGUCAAAUAGGAGUUUUAAGGCCCAGUUUUCACUAUUUGAGAAGGAGAGAAAAGCAAUUGGAUGCCCCUCACUUUUUUGGCACCUGUCAUUCUUGACUGUCCAGGUUCCAUGUUUUUUCUUGUGGAUGGUUAGCAUACGGAGGAUGUCACUGGAUGACCACCCUGGUUUUGACUGUGGUGGUGCUGUAUGGUUCCAAGAUUUAACAGCACUCCCUCACGGUUGGUUAGGUUUCAUCUUCCCUUCAUUGAUAUCUGGUUUGCACUAUGCUAAUGUUCAGAUAUCUUUUCAGAAAAAAUUAAUUGGAAAAGCAGGUGGUAUUCUUGCCUUGCUAGCAGAUCUUUACGAGGGGUACUUGAGGUUUCUUACAUUACCCAUAUUUUUUAUUGGGCUUGCUAUUCCUCAGGGAAGCCUGGUCUAUUGGAUUACAAAUAGUUCUCUAAACAUCGUUCAGCAAUUCAUAUUGAGACAUCCAUUCAUCCUUGCCAAAUUGAGGCUACAAGACAAGAGUAGUCAAAAAAUGGUUUCUGAGAAAUCUAGUGCUCCUGAAAUUGCGGUCCUGGGUUCACAGGGGUUACAAGACAAGAACAGUUCUUUAACAGUUUCUGAGGAAACCAAAACAACUCUUGAUUCACCUGAAAAAUGGUUCCGAAUACCUGCUGAGAAUUUAGCUCCCAAAGAACUAACUGCUUUUUCAGUUCAUGUUCUAGCUGGUGGGGACAGAGAGAGCGCCAUUCUCUUACUAAAACUGGCACUUGAUAAGGAUCCUGAAUAUGUUAGAGCUUUGGUUUUAAUGGGGCAGCUUCUAUUGCAGAAGCAAUCAAAUGCUGAGGCUACUGAGUACUUCAAGCGUGCAAUUUCGAAGCUUACUCUUGAUGGCCAGCCAACUGAAGUGGAAGAUGUUGAUCUUCUAAUUCUUGCAUCCCAAUGGGCUGGUGUUGCCUGUGAACGUCAGGGAAAGAGGGCUGAAGGACUUGCACACUUCGAAAGAGUUGCAAAUAUGGAAGAACCCGAAGAUCCAGGCUGCAAAGCUCAUUACUUUGACGGGUUACUAUUGCUGGCGAGCGCUCUACAUGAUGCUGGUCAAAAGGAUGAAGCUGCCAAGUAUCUGCGUCUUCUUGUUGCUUACAAACCCGCUUAUCGCAAAUACUUGGAAGCAUGUGAGCAGGAUCAAGAUAUUGCGAGCGAUCUUGCAAGCAGCAGAAGAGAAUUAUAAUUUGAAGUUUUGUUCUUGUUUUAGAAAAAUAAAAUAUAAAAAAAUCUAAUAAGUUGGGUUCCAAAGAUGCAUGAGUGACGAUAGAUCAUACAAGCUAAAACAGCAGUUACGGAUAUAUUUACAAGUUACUCACCAAUAAAUUUUACUAUUAGCAGUAACAGUCAAGUCCACGUUUUUGUGGAUGAGCCAAGCGCUUGCUAAUUGGACUAAUUUUUGUUGGCACAUUUUUUAACUCAAUUUUGUCAAAGCUGAAACUCUUGUUAUAUGGGAUUCAUUGGGUUUAUAUAUUUAUUAAGCUUUUAUUUUAA